AUGGCUGUCAUUGAUAUUAACAAGCAAAACGGAGCAGUGUCGAAGCCUGGCACCGACACUGUGACUACCGUCCUGAUAGUUGGUGCUGGCUCUACGGGGCUUGCGCUGGCGCAGGGCUUGAAAAUGGCGGGAAUCCCUUAUGUGGUGUAUGAGAAGCGUCCCAGUCUCGAUAGUGGACUGCGCGACUGGAACAUGGGACUGCACUGGGGUGCCCCAGCCCUGAUGGGUCUCCUCUCAGAAGAGUCUUGUGCGCGGAUCCAAUCGGUGCAGGUAGACGCGAGCGCUCCCACAGCGGAAAACGAUGUUGUCCCGAUCCUCAACGCGCAGUCGGGCGAGCAGUUGUUGGCCGUCCCGGUCCAGAAGUUCUACCGGCUACGGCGAAGCAAACUGCGUGCUCUUCUGGCGGAAGGAGUAGACAUUCGAUACGGAAAGAAAUUGCAGGAUAUCACGUAUUCCGAGGAUGGCAGAACGGCGACCGCAUACUUCGAGGAUGGGACGUCAGCUUCGGCAAGACUGAUCAUCGGCGCUGAUGGCGCUCGCUCAACUCUGCGAAAGCUUCUCAUUGGACCUGAACGCGGCUCUCUAUCUCCGCAAAUGGCACCCGCUGUACCUGGGCGGCAUCAAUCCAUCGGGUCACUAUGGCUUCUUUGGGCUGCAGGACGUGCCAGACCCAUCUCGGCCAGAGACAUGGACGUCUUUUUCUACAUCUCCUGGCCGUCGAGCCUGGAGGAGCAAGACGCGACGGCGGGCUGGACGAAUGCCCAGAGACUGAAGCAGCUGAAGAGCUUCGCGAAGAACUUCUCCGAUCCAUGGCGGAGCGCAUGUGAAUGGAUAGAGGAUGACGAUUACCCAGUGUGGUACAUGGGGCUCAGCGACUUCGACCCGGGCGCCGAUGGGCAUCGUUGGGACAACCACGGCGGACGGGUCACCCUAGCCGGCGACGCCGCCCAUGCUAUGACAUACCAGCGGGGACAGGGUCUGAACCACGCGAUGGUGGACGCAGCCAAUCUGGUUGACGCGAUCAAGAGUUUUGCUUUCAUACCCGAGGACAGCAAGGAGAGCCAGUCCUUACAGAAGGAGGCCAUCUCGGCGUACGAGGAAGAGACGAUCGAACGAUCGGGAGCCGAAGUGCGGCUGUCGACCACCAACACGCAGAUGUUGCAUAAUUGGGAACAGGUGCUCCAAUCACCGGCCUUCACGAUGGGAAUCAAACGGACACAGACAGAAGUUCACUGA